AUGGCAGCAGCAAGUGUACAGCCUCCGCUCAACCCACGAGCGGCGGCGCCUUCGCCGGCAGUUCACACCUCCAACACUCGAAGCCUACAGACCUCCGACCCUUCCCUUCGUGCGAUGUUCCUCCGCGCGGUCGACCCCUCCCGCCCCGCCUCCUGGUCUGCCGCUGUCGCCGACCUCCUUUCCUCCGGCGACCCCGUCGCCGCGCUGGCCGUCUUCGCUGCCGCUCUCCGCGCUAACCCCGCCGCGCUUCGCCCGGCCCUUCCCCCCGCCUUCCGCGCUGCUGCCGCCGCCACCUCCCUCGCCGCCGGCCGUCAGCUCCACCUCCUUGCCCUCCGUUCGGGUCUAUUCCCCUCCGACCCGUUCGCCGCCUCCGCUCUCCUCCACAUGUACCACCACUGCCGCCACCCGUUGGACGCCCGCAAGGCGUUCGAUGAAAUUCCCAGCCCCAACCCCGUCAUUAUCACCGCCAUGGCCUCCGGCUACGCGCGCAACAGUCUAUUCUACCCCUCGCUCGCCCUCUUCCGCGCCUUGCUCGUCUCUGGAUCUGCCACGGCGGUGGACGAGGCAGCUGCGCUCGUGGCGUUCUCCGCGUCAGCCCGUGUCUCGGACCGAGGGAUUACCUCUAGCCUUCAUGCGCUCAUUGCCAAGAUUGGCUUGGACGUGGAUGCUGGGGUGGUCAACACAAUGUUAGACGCUUAUGCCAAGGGCGGUGGUCGUGACCUGGGGGCCGCAAGGAAAGUGUUCGAUACGAUGGAGAAGGAUGUGGUGUCCUGGAAUUCCAUGAUUGCGCUCUAUGCUCAGAAUGGGCUGUCCGCGGAGGCCCUCAGGCUAUAUGGCAACAUGCUGAAUGUUGGUGGAGGCAUUAGGUGCAAUGCUGUGACCUUCUCUGCUGUGUUACUGGCUUGUGCGCAUGCUGGGACAAUACAGACUGGAAAGCGCAUUCAUAAUCAGGUGGUGAGAAUGGGUUUGGAGGAAAAUGUCUACGUUGGAACUUCUGUAGUCGAUAUGUAUAGCAAGUGCGGAAGAGUUGAAAUGGCAAGAAAGGCUUUUGAAAAAAUUAAGGAGAAGAAUGUCCUUUCAUGGUCUGCCUUGAUUACUGGCUAUGGCAUGCAUGGUCAUGGACAACAAGCCCUUGACGUUUUUGAUGAGAUGAGGAGAUCAGGGCAAAAUCCUAACUACAUAACUUUUAUAUCGGUUUUAGCUGCUUGUAGUCAUGCUGGUCUUUUAGAUAAGGGACGUUAUUGGUACAAAACCAUGAAGAAAAAGUUCGGGAUUGAGCCUGGUGUGGAACACUUAGGAUGCAUGGUGGAUCUUCUUGGCCGUGCUGGUUGUCUUGAUGAGGCUUAUGGCCUCAUUAAAGAAAUGAAGAUCAAACCUGAUGCUGCUAUCUGGGGAGCUCUUCUUAGUGCAUGUCGAAUCCACAAAAAGGUUGAACUGGCAGAAAUUUCUGCGAAAAGAUUGUUUGAGUUGGAUGCGACUAACAGCGGGUACUAUGUUCUACUGUCCAAUAUAUAUGCAGAAGCUGGAUUGUGGAAAGAUGUGGAGAGAAUGAGAGUUAUGGUUAAAGCACGAGGAAUAGAAAAGCCUCCAGGGUAUAGUUCAGUUGAGUUGAAAGGUAAAACCCAUGUGUUUUAUGUUGGUGACAAGAUUCAUCCUCAGCACAAGGAGAUCUAUUCUUAUUUGGGGAAACUACUUGAGACAAUUCAAGAAGCAGGCUAUGUACCAAACACGAGUUCUGUUCUUCACGAUUUAGAUGAAGAGGAGAAAGAGUCUGCAGUGCGCAUCCAUAGUGAAAAGCUUGCCGUUGCUUUUGCUCUAAUGAAUCAGGUCCCGGGUUCGAUAAUCCAUGUAAUAAAGAAUCUCCGGGUCUGUACUGAUUGCCACACAGCAAUGAAGUUUAUUUCAAGGAUCUCUGGACGAGAAAUUAUUGUCAGAGAUUUACAGCGUUUUCAUCAUUUCAAGGACGGAUCAUGCUCUUGUGGGGAUUAUUGGUGACAAACUUACAAGGGGCCUGAGGCUGUGAUGCCAUUUUCUCUGUCUGUAAUAUCACUGUUAUAUGUUACUCUUUCAUCUCAACAUGGAUUUGUAUCCAAGAUAUAUUGUUGCAUAUUUUCUUGUGGAUUAGGCUAAUGACAUUGUCUCGCUGCAAUACUGCAUUGCUGGCUAGAGCCAGACAAAGUAUAUGUGAUAAUAUUGAAGGUUAGCAUAUUUUUUAAGGUUUUGUCUACUCAUUGGUUCAAUUUGCAUCUUUAUGUGGAAGACAUGAACUGCCAUCGUCAGUUUUGUUUUGUAGUACAUGGAUUUUUCAUUGUCGGGAUCAUUACCAUUUUCAUAUGCUUGUACGUGCUGUUGGACUACAUAGCUUCUUUUGAACUUCUACUGUCUUGAGAGGCAGCUAAGAACUUUAAAUGCAUGGAUUUAGUCAGCCUAGAAAUUUAUUGAAGAGGCCAACAUGACCAUGAUGUUGUAACUCCUAAUAUUUUCAUGGAAACCCUAUGAUAGUUAUCAGUUGUAGCAGGUAUGUGUUUCUUCUCAAUUAAAUGUUUACUUGUCAAUAAAUAUAAUUUUAUGCUAUGGAGGAACAAGCACUUGGAUGCCACUAUGGCUUGAAUUCAUAUAUGUAGAAGCUGAAGUACUCUUAUUGCAAGUAGAGAAGUGUCUCUUACAGCUUAAGUGCAUGCAUUUUGCACUGAGAUUUUGCUGAUUAUUCAUGACAUGGUAUAAACAAGGCAAUCUUAUGUUCAAAUACUAAAUAUGAAGAAAAAAAAUCAGUUGGUACUUAUUUGAGAUGACUAUGUUUUUAGAUAGGUUUGUGCAGAACCCUGAACUUAAGAUUGUUGACAUCUGAAAACCCCAAAAGCCAUAGGUUGACUGGUUGUUUUCUAAGUUCUUGUACUUGUCUGUAUUUGACAUUUAUCAUAUCUUGUUUUUUCUUCUUCUCCAUGCUUUUCUAGUAUAUCUAUAUCUGUUGUAGGCCAAUAUACAUCUUAUGUGUUGGUGUGCUAGACUGGCAGUUAUGCACGAUAGAGGUGGUCCAUAUAGAGCUUGGAAAGAAAUAGUGCCCACCAAUAUCAUGAUAAUUGGCGUGCAUACUGGCAAUUCCAUGCUUGAUUCCGAUAUAAAUAGUACUGUGGUUUUUUGUGCCCACAAAUAUCAUGAUAAUCAUACAGCAAGGCUCGAAAGGCAGAUUCCCAGAGUUCGGCACUUAAGUGGGAUUUGGUUUCUCCUAGAGGUACUAGUGUGUCUGGAGUACAGAAAGUGAAUAUGUAAGUACCAAAGGAUACCAAGUGUGAGUUCCCAGUAUGACUAGUAUGUUCUUAUUUUUCAUGCAUAUAGACGUUUUAUUUAAUACUUCUUCAUUAUUAUUUAUGUGUAUGCUCUUUGUAGCAUAAUAACAACAAGCAUGCCACCAUAUUUUUGUAAGCAUGUUCUUCAUUAGUUUAAUGUUGAUAGGUCUCAUAUGGUACGCAAUUGGUGCAGAUCGCACGACCGUAUUAACCCAUUCAGUCACUACAGAUACAUGGGGUAGAUGAAAGCCUCAGCCACUUAAGUCCAGAAGUGUUGAGCGUUUGCUAGAUAUAUUGAUUCACGAUAACCAGGUUUGCGACUAACCUUCAUCUAUGCGAUUAUUAGUUGCUUAACAACUAAAGUGAAGAAUGACGUACCUAUUAACUUUUAGUGUACCAGACUUCUGAUAUUCUAUAAGACGAUGUAUUGGAUAUACCCCUGCCAGAAUUAUGGGCGUUGAGGGCAUUGAAAGUUAUGUAUCAUCAUGCCACUACGGAUGAGGUUACUUUUGUUGACAUUUUUAAAUCUUAGCAGUAGCAGUAGACUGUUUAUGUUUAGUAGUCAACAUGUUUUAUCAGGUGUCAGUUCACAGUAUCAGGUUACCAAAAAAUAACACUGUUGGUGAUGUUCUAAAUGAUAUCACAUCAAAGAAAAAUAUUUGUAUCCCUUGUCUUAUGGUCUGUACGCGACAUGCUAGUUCGAUUCGUUUCCUGUAUGAUGUUUGUGUCUUCUGUAUGCUUUCUGUCAUAUUGUCAAACCAGGUCCAGCUCUCUCAUCUCGACACUGAAAUUAGAUUACUUGAAGUUCUCUGCCACAAGAUAUAUUAAGCGGUGCAUGUGCUAGUUUAACACCUCUUAGUUGCAUUUAGUU